AUGCGGGACUCAUAUAAUGGAUUCCUCGCUCUGGCCUGCCUUGGUUUGUUCAGCCAGUGGGCCAUCAUGAUCAUGAACGGCUCCUUACGCCUGAUGCUCCUGACCGCCUGGACAGGUAUUUUCCCCGACGGUAUACCUCUCAGAGAAGAAUGGACGCGUAUUUGGAUAGUCGACUUAGCGCUUCGCGUGCUCGUGGCUUUCUUCGGAGCCAUUCUCAACGGGGUUGAGUCCAACGAGUUCGGGCCUUAUUUAUGUUUAGUUGAUCUAAUCACCACUAUUGUUGUCUUCAGCAUGAUGUUCUUAAUCGAGGAUCGGCGUGAUAGAGGGAAGGGCGCGCUGCGACAUCCCAGUUGUUGGCAGAUGAUGCUUUAUUUCUUCGGUGCUGCCUCAAUCGUACCCGUGUACAUGCGGCUGUAUCUCAAAAACCGACUCUCGCCGCGCCUCGAAGUACCGCAUAACCAGGCACGAGCCUUGCCGUUUACAGCACUGUGGUGUUCGGUACUCUCUGUUCCCCUUCUUCUUCCUGUCGCCCUCGGAGCCAGCGUAUCCCGGAUUCAGGUUGGCAUAGUAGUCUGGUUGUUCAGUCCAGCGACGGUCGGACCUUUCCAGGACUUGUUAAGCACUCUCAUGUCGAAGAGCAAUGAUAUCAACUCCUCGACAAACGAAGCAGCUAGGCCCAUCGCUAUCGCUUACGGCAUCGUGGGGGUGUUAAGCGCGGUAGUCCACUUCUGCGUUGUCGUGUUUACUUUCGUGUCUUCCAAGCUUAGGUGGAGUGACAUCUACUGGCCGAUCCACGGAGUACGGAGCGGCCCAAGUCUCAUGACCGAUGGUGCACUGAUAUUCAUACAAUCUGGUUACCUCUUCCUCUCAAUAUGUGUGCUCGCUCUGGGUUACUACGUAUUGAAGACCGAGAACUUGUCCGCCACCCACACGCUACUUGGCAGCUUGCAUGGCUGGAGGGCCCUGCUGGCGCAUACGGCACUAAUAGCUGUUUUCGGUCCUGGAGCUGGGUUGGCUUUGUUGCUCGGCAGGAAGGAAAUAACAGCAGCUUCUACAAUUGCGGCCAGAAAAGGGAACUAA